AUGAAUCAACGAUCAUCAAAACGUGUAUAUCCUUUACGUGUAAAUGAACAAAAUACAACCGAUCAUAAUACAACAUUGAAUAGAACUGGAUGGAUAUCCACAACAAUAAAUCGAUCUAGUCCAUAUCAUAAAAUUUCAUUGAUCUUGAAACAUUCUAAUGAGCAUAUUCCAAAUAUGAUACAAAUGGAUUCAUUGACUGAUAGAAUAGAGUUAUACAGUAAAGAUGUACAAUAA